AUGGCUCCUUUUUGGAUUCAAUUGCCUAAUCUCCCUCUUCAUUGUUGGGAUGAAAUUAACAUCUGUAGGAUUGCUUCUAUGGUGGGGAAGCCUAUCCUUUUAGAUGGCAAUAUGUUCCAAUGGGGAAGGUGCGAAUUUGACAGAGUCUAUGCUAGAAUCAAGCUUGAUUGCAAGCUUCCCCUUAGUGUGUGGGUGGAGGGAUCUUCAAGAAAGUUCUUCCAAAAUAUAGAAUAUGAGAGAAUUCCCAUAUUCUAUUACAGUUGUGGGAUGAUCGGGCAUUGCAAAGAAGACUGUAUUAAUGUAAAGAUAAAUUUUUCCAUUAUUGCUUCUAGUUCUGAGAAGAAUUUAAAUUCAAAUUCUUCUAAUUCAGAUGAGGUCUAUCAGAACAAGACCAAAGAGGUCCUAAGCAAAGAUAACAUGGGUUAUGGACCUUGGUUAAUAAUCAAUAAAAGAAGAAAUAUAUCUAGUAAUUCAAGGAGAAUUCUUCUCAAUCCAAGAGUAUCUUCUACAUGGAAAAAAGUGGAACGGAAAAAUACUUUACCAAUUUUGGGUAAAGAUAAAUUGACUCUUGAUUCAACUCUGGAAUCAACUGAAGAAAAUCCGUCCUUUGUUGAAGUGAAUAAUUCUUCACUUUCUAAAGAACAUGAGCCGGGCAGCAAUUAUAGCAUACACACUACUAACAACAAGUUGAGUGUUCUUUUAAACCAUAUUGAAGAAGGUGAAAUCAUACAGGAUUUUCAGAAACAUGUUGAGAUUGGUGAAAAAACUGUUAAACCUGUUGAAUCUUCUCAACCUGAUCUGUUGCAGAUUGCAGAAACGGGUUUGGAAUCAGCUGGGAAAUCUUUGGCUAAAAAGAAAAAAUCAAAACAUUUGAAGGAUCUCAGGCCUAUCAGUUCUCAUUCCAGAAUUAGAAGAUUGGACAUGGAAUCAAAAGGGACUGUGGGGGCAUCAUCCCCAACCUCUCAUCAAUGA